CUGUCAUUAGUGUCAAUGUCACUAUAACAUUAAUGUGGUAAACAAAACCUAAAAAGUUUUUCAACCUAAUCUAUUGCUAUUAAAACAAAAAUCCCAGAAAAUAUGUCGUCUACAAAAUCGAAGCAAGAUCCUAAUGUUGCCUACAGUGAGUCCGCCAUUCGAAACAACUUAUCCAUAGUUGAAUAUUGCAGGACUUCUAUGGCGGCCCUUUCGGGCUGUACCGCAGGUUUAUUAGGUCUUACGAGCUUACACGGGGCCUUUUUCUACAUUUUCGCCGUGUUCAGUCUAUGGGCCAUGGUGCUUCAUAAAGCCGGAUUCUCCUCCUGGAAUAAGUUCUUUAUUUCGAGAAGGUCCUUGUUGACUAACGGUUUCUUCGGACAAUUGUUCACUUAUAUAUUGUGUUGGACUUUCAUUUACGGUAUGGUACAUGUUUAUUGAUCGGUUAGGUUAUAAUCUUGUGUAUAGGUAAUAUAAGAUUUGUUGAGUUGUAAUAAGUAA